GAGCGCGGGAGGGGGAGGCUCUAUGGGGCGGCAGCCGUGGGGUGAUGAGGGGCUGGGGCGCGUAGAGCUGUGGGUGGCUGAAUCUGGGGCUCCUUAUGCGGCUGUGUGACCGGUGGGGCGGGAGCUGAGGGUCCCCGUGGGGCUGGAGCCGGGGUUUUCUAUGGGUCUGCGGCCUGUGGGUCGUGGGGUUCCGUGUGCCGUGGGCCCCUAUGGCGCUGGGGAUCGCGGGGCCCUGUGGGUCUGUGGGUCCUGGGGUUCCCAGCGCUGUGGGUGCCUGUGGGUCUGGGGACUGAGCGUUACAAUGGGGUUAGGGUCCCGUGGGGUAGGAACCGGGGAUCCCUGUGGGGCCUGGGAAGUGUGGGUCCCAAUGGGGCUGAGGUCUGCGUGUCCCGGGCUGCCCAGUGCUGUGGGUCCUGGUGGGGCUGGGGACUGUGUUCCUGCGGGGCAGGAGGCCACGGGUCCUGGGGGUCACUAUGGGGCAGGAAGCUGCGGGAUGCCCAAAGAGGUGGGGCAGGAUCCAGGAGGAAGCGCGUGUGUUUGGAACGGCCGUCGGGACCCCAACCCCAUGGCGUCACCCCAGCGCUGCUCCGCGGCCGUGAGGCCGCCGGAAUCCAGGAAAAAAAAAGCAGGGAAAUGGUGAAGCGCCUGCCCUUAUAUGGCUCCGGCCACCCUCCGGCGGGCUGCGGGCCUGGCAAUUCGUUCCCCACGCAGGAUUUCACCGCUGCCUCAGUUUCCCCAUCCGCGGGGCGCUGAGGGGGUGGGGGCACCCGGUCGGUCGGGGGUCUGAGGUCAGAGUUAAAUCCCCGACGGAGGCUUUGGCAGCACCGGGAAGGGGGGGCACGGCAUCACCCCCCCGCCCCGUGACGUCGGCCCCGCGCCGUAAUCCCGGAGCUGAGCGGAUUAUGGUGGCCGUGGGGCGAGCGGAGCUGUGGGUCGGAGAGCCCCAAACCUCUUGCGAGGACGGCUGCCCCACGGCCGUGCCCUCCCGGGGGGCACCGAUCUGAGGGCGGUGGUGGAACGCGGCCAUGCGGCACGGGAGGAGUCGGAGGGAACCGGCCGGACCGGUUCGAGUCCCGUUUUGCGCCCGUUCCGGUGCCCGGGGGGAGGACCUCGCCACCGGCACGUGGACGUGGCUGAAGGUCACCGUCCAGCCUUUCCCCACUGUCGUUGCCGUUGUUCCUGUUGUCCCCGCCCCGUCACCAUUUCAGCACUCUUCCUGCCCAGUGUUUGGGUUUUGGGUGGACGGUGGCACUGGAGAGCAACAGGCAGUGACAUGGAGCAGUGCCAUACGGUGGCAUGGCGAGCGUUGGCCAUCAGGUCAACCCUGGGGUACCCCAUGCCAUCAGUAUUUCAGCAGCCUUCCUCCUUCAUGUUUGGGCUUUGGGUGCUACGGCGGCUUUGGUGACGUGGGGCAUGGUGACAUGGAGCAGGGUUCCUCAUGGUGGUGGCGUGCUGAGCACCAGCCAUCAGGUCAACCAGGCUGUGACCUUGCCCUUCACCCACAGAGCCUGGGGAUGCCGGUGCCCACCCUCGGCGCGGGUCCAGAUCCCGGCAUGGAGGAGGAGGCAUCGGGUGAUGGCAAGGAGCCCUGGUUGGGCAACAGCAACAACAAUGCGGCACCAGUGGGGUGGCUGUGCCGGCGGGGUGAGGAGCCCUCCUACCUACAGCGUGUGCUGCUGGAGAUUGUGGAGUCGGAGCGCACCUACGCCCGUGACCUGCGUGGCAUCGUGGAGGGCUACCUGGGGAAGAUCAUCGAUGCCCAAGAGCCGCCACUGCGGCCGGAGCAGGUCAGCGCACUCUUUGGGAACAUUGAAGACAUCUAUGAGCUCAGCAGCAACCUGCUGCAGAGCCUGGAGAGCUGUGCCUGUGACCCAGUGGCCGUGGCUGUCUGCUUCGUGACGCGGAGCCAAGAGUUUGACAUCUACACGCAAUACUGCAACAACUACCCCAACUCAGUGGCGACAUUAAGUGAGUGCAUGAGGAGCAAGCAGCAGGCACGGUUUUUCCGUGAGUGCCAGGAGGAGAUGCGGCACGUGCUCCCACUGGGUGCCUACCUGCUGAAGCCGGUGCAGAGGAUCCUCAAGUACCACCUGCUGCUCCAGGAGAUCGCUAAGCACUUUGAGCACAAGUCGGGUGAUGACUAUGAGGUGGUGGUGGAGGCCAUCGACACCAUGACCUGUGUGGCCUGGUACAUCAACGACAUGAAGCGCAAGCAUGAGCAUGCCAUCCGGCAGCAGGAGAUCCAGUCCUUGCUGCUGCAGUGGAAGGGUCCUGAUCUCACCACCUAUGGAGAGCUGGUACUGGAAGGCUCCUUCCGUGCGCAGCGUGCCCGCAGUGAGCGUGCUGUCUUCCUCUUUGACAAGCUGCUCCUCAUCACCAAGCGCCGUGGGGACCACUAUGUCUACAAGAGCCACAUCCCAUGCGCCUCGCUGAUGCUGAUUGAGAGCACACGGGACUCACUGUGUUUCAGCGUGGCACACUACAAGCACAUCAAGCAGCAGUAUGCCCUGCAGGCUAAGAGUUCAGAGGAGAAGCGGGUAUGGACACACCACAUCAAGCGGCUCAUCCUGGAGAACCACCACGCCAUUGUCCCGCAGAAGGCCAAGGAGGCCAUCCUGGAGAUGGACCUGUUCUACCCCCCACGCCUGCCCCGCUGCAGCCCUGAGCACCUGCCCCGGAGCCACUCCUGCCAACCCUUAGAACCACCACGCCAUGGCCGGCGGCAGUCUGAGCCCUUUCAGUGCCGUGACCGUGCCGAGACGCUGCCGGACCGACUGCAGGGGCAUGUGGGGCGCAGGCAGUCAGAGCCUGCCAAGCAGAUCCUGCAGCAGCUGGGAAGGAUGAAGCAUGCAGGCAGUGAGGGGACCCUCCUGGAUGCUGGGGAACCCCUCCAGCCCCGUAGGAGCUGGGCUGAGGGUGUCGUGGAGGAGGAAGAGGAGGAAGAAGAGGAGCCUUUGCACAAGGACAGCCACGAGGACAGGGACAGGGACAAGAAUGGGGACAUGGCAGAGAAGCCCCAGGAGGAGCAGGAGACCUGUGAGCAGCACCACGAGGCCACUGCCACCCCCGUGUCCCCUGUGUCCCCUUCAUGCCAUGGGGAGCAUGAGGAACUGGGGACCCCCGCUCCCCCCUCUCCAUCGGGAUUCCUCCCACCAGUGGGGCUGCCUGACGAGGAGGAGCAGCACCCAGAGACAGGCACCGGGGAGGACCCACGGGCUCUGAGCAGCGAGGAGGAGGAGGAAGAGGAGGAGGAGGAAGGCCAUGGGAGUGGCAGCAUCCUGCCCCCCUCCGUGCUGGACCAAGCUAGCGUCAUCGCUGAGCGCUUUGGCAGCAGCAUGUCACGCCGCGGCAGCAUGGUGCUGGACGGACGCAGUGGCAGCGCCCUCAGCCUUGAUGGGGUGACCCCUCCACAAGAAAACAUGGGGUCCUGCAGCCCCCUGCCCUCCCCAGGCUCCCCCCAGGGCUGCCGGCGCCGCUCGCUGCUCUCCACCCAGGACCGGCUGCUGCUGCAUAAGAUCCGCAGUUACUACGAGCACGCGGAGCACCAGGACGCCAGUUUCAGCAUCCGGCGCCGUGAGAGCCUCUCCUACAUCCCCAAAGGACUGGUGAGGAACUCGGUGUUCAGGAUCAACAGCUGGCCUCCUCUAGAGCCAGGCAGCCCCAAAACUCCCACGGAGCCGGUGAGCCCCAAAGUCCUCCUGGAGCCAGGGAGCCCCAAAAGUUCUCCAGAACCGGUGAGCCCCAAAACGUCACUGGAACCAGCGAGCUCUCAAGUGUCACCGGUGCCAGAUGGAGGAGCGUCACCUCCUGUGUGCCGAGAGAAUGGGCUGCCCGAGCCUCCCACAGAGCCUCUGCUCAUACUGGAGGAGGAGGAGGUGCCUCCCCCAGGAGUGCUGGCUCUGGGGGCUCCCCCUCGGCGUCUCACCAGCAGGGUGUACCAGUUGGCGCGCCAGUACAGCCUGCGCAUCAAGAGUCGACGCCGUGCCAUUAUUGCACCGGGGGACAAUGCCACUCACACCCCAGCACCAGGUGGGAUGCGAUGGGGGACCGCAGGCAUCGUCCCGCUACCGCCAUCCUGCUCUCACCCCGCUCCUUCCACCCCAGGUGUACCAAAGCUGCCGGUGUCACCCAGGGAUGGCAUCACCGUCCCAGCCCCACGCAGCCCACCCAGCCCCAGUGGCACUGCCGAAGCCUUCUCUUGGCCAGAUGUCCGGGAGCUGCGUGCCCGUUUUGGAGCCCCACGGCCCCCACCAGUGACACGCAGCCGCUCUGCGCCUGAGGGGCCAGAGCGUGGGGGGAGACCAGCAGCCAAAGAGCAGCAGGGCGGGGGCCGCAGCCGCAGCGCUGAGGCAGGCACUGGGACCCCAAAUGUGCUGCGUGGCAGUGACCAGCAGCAUGCUCCGGGGCUGUGGGUGACGGCGCAGGCACCCCUGGGCACCGGGGGGCAGCGGGUGCUGGUGUUGGAGCGGUUGCCCCCAGCCAUGGCUGCUGAGCCUCCAGCCUAUGUGCAGAUCCGCUCGCCCACCACCCGGGAGAAGAUCUGCCUGAAGGCGGUGGUGGAGCGCUGCAAGGCUUACCAGGCCUCCGAGGAGUACCGGCAGCGCUGUGCCCAAGGGCAGGCUGAGGCACCUGAGCCCCCCCGGCACGGCCUCGUCAGGGACCUGCGGCAGAAGUUUCAGACCCUCGACACCGCCAGCUAGGGAGGGCGGCCAGGAGAUGGGGCAGCCCAUGGACCGCCAGGAGAUGGGACAUCCCAUGCACCACCAGAAGACUGAAGGCACCUUGUACCAUUAGUAGAUGGGACAUCCCACAGACAACCCUCCCUCUCAGCUCUCUCAGACCAAAGGGUACCCAACUGACUUGGGAGAAGUUGUACCCAAUGGACCCCAUGAAGGGGCAUACAAUGGAACCCAGCUUGCUCAGGAGAUAGAGCACCCCGUGGACCACUGGGAAUUGGGAUGUCCGUUGACCACCAGGAACUGGGACACCCCACUGACCACCAGCAGCAGUGGGAUUCCAUUAACCUUUUGGUUCCCCAGGAUAAGGGGGACCUCAUGGACCAUCAGGAGAGGAAUCACCCCAUAGGCCAACGAUACAUUAAAGAGACCGUGGUCCCCCACCCUACUUCCCAGAAGGGCCCUCACAUUGCACAGCCCUGGGCCCACCUUGCUUUGACAUCUUUAUUACAAAAAAAACCCAAACCAAACCCAAAGUUCUCCCUGCCCACGCACUCCCCCCAGAGAUGAGUGGUGCCCCCCACCCACAGCAAGGGGCCAAGCGUUUGGGGAGGACGUGCUCUUCGUGCUCUUUGGUUGGUGCCCAUGGGGCUGAGGGCACGCUGGUGGGGGACGGGAGGGGGGGAGGGGGGAGGGCUUAUGGCUUAGAAAAGGGGGUGGGGGGACAGGAUGUGCCCACGUGGAGUGGGUGCAUGUGCAUGCAUGCGGGGCCACGCGAGUGCAAACGCACGCAGGUGUGUUCCCCAGAGGGGGUGGGGGAUGUGAGCACACACGUGUGCGUAUCUGCGUGCACCUCCACUGAGGUGCGUGCAUGCCCUGAAGCAUGGAGAUGUGUGUAUAUAUAUAAA